AUGGCUGAGAGUUGCACUCAUGUUAUGAAGGUUAUUCAAGUUACAUGCCAUAAACCUCUUUGUAAUUUAGUGAAGCUAAACACUGAUGGAAGUGCCUUAGAUAACCCAGGAAGAAUAGGGAUUGGGGGCAUCCUAAGGGAUCAUAGAGGGAAACUCAUUUAUGCCUUUGCAGCACCACUUGGUUUUAGUUCUAACAACCAAGCUGAGGUACAGGCUAUAGUACUGGGCAUCACUUGGUGCAUUCAGCAUGGAUAUAGCAAGAUACUUUUGGAGGUAGACUCAAAGCUUCUUAUUAAAUGGCUAAGACAGGAAUUCAAACCACCUUGGUCCAUUAGAGACUACAUCAAUGAGCUGCAAGACUUGAUCAAUUUUCUGGACUACUUUCACUGCAAGCACAUUUUUAGGGAAGCAAAUUAUCCUACUGAUACUCUCUCUAAACAUAGUCAUAAAGCUGACAGGGCCUACCCAAUCUAA